AUGUCUCUAUCCGUGGCAGGAAAAUACGCAGUCAUCACCGGCGCAGGAUCAGGCAUAAACCUCGCCUUUGCAAAGCUACUCCUAGAAAAGGGCUGCUCCGUCAUGAUAGGCGACCUUGCCCUCCGCCCCGAAGCACAGCAGCUCUUAGAGCAAUAUUCUCACCCCCAACCCGGCAGCGAUAACAACACUAACCGCCCCUCAGCCCUCUUUCAAGAAACAAACGUCGCAUCCUGGCCCGACCUAUCCCGCCUCUGGUCCAAAGCUCUCUCCUCCUUCCCUCGUAUCGACAUCGUCGUCCCCGGCGCAGGCCUCUUCGAACCAGCAUGGAGUUCCUUCUGGCACCCUCCCAAGACGGGAACAAACCCGGACAGUGAAUCGAGAGACGCCGCGGACGCGGAGCCGGGGACCUACGCUGUCCUGGACGUGAACUUGACGCAUCCGAUCCGGCUGAGCCAGCUUGCGAUCGGGUACUGGACGCAGGAGGGGAAAGGCGGGUGUCUGGUGCACACUCCAAUGUGGUCGGAGGACCCGGGAAAGAAGCACAUGACGCAGGGUGAGGGCGUUGAGCUGUUCCUCGAGCCGGAGGAGGUUGCCAGAGGUAUGCUUGAGCUUUGCGAGAAUCCAGAGUACGGCAAUGGGACGAUUUUGGAGGUUUCCAAGGGGGCUACGCGCGUUGUGCCUCUAUAUCGGGCCGAGCCGCCUAGUGGUGUUGGUGUUGUUUUGCCCAGGCUGGCUGAGAAUGCGGAAAAGGUCUGGAAGAAACUUGAGGGGCCGGGGUUGAAGAUUUAA